AUUUUGAUGGGUGCUUCGAAAACCUUGUUUGGAAACAGUAAAUUUUCAGUCAAACAACCAUUCACAAAUCCACAACAGAAAGCCCCCAACACCUCGGCUCACAGAAUUUCUAUCAGACACCUAACUCGGAGGCACAGAACCUGAGCUGACAACCCAUCAACUCUCCAACUUCCCAUUUGCAAUGGCUCUAUUUUUAUCAGCAUCAACAUCACCAUUAACAUCAAAUUUGUCUCUUGGAAAGACCCGCUUCAGAUUUUCACCAAAACAUGGCCGCCCCUCCAUUGCCCAUAGCAUUCAACCCCGAUUCAAUUCAAAUGCAGACUUAAAUUUCCAAACUUUGUCCCCUUUAAACCCUCUUUUGGCAAAUUCACCCCUUUCUCACGUUGCAACAAGAGUUUCUUCACAUGGGUUUCUUGAUAAAGAUGAGAAAGAUGAUAUUUUGCCAGUCUUUGAGGAACGGCCAGUCAAAUUUGUUUUUUGGGUUUUGGUUUGGGCCUCUGUGUCCCUUGCUUUGUUCGCAGCUUCUGGGGAUGCUAAUGCGGCAGCAGCUGCUGCAGCUGAUUCCAUUAGAGCCUCCAGUUUUGGCCUGAAGAUUGCGAGUGCGCUUCGAGGCUCAGGCUGGCCUGAUGAGGCUGUGGUAUUUGCCCUGGCUACGCUUCCUGUGAUUGAGCUUCGUGGGGCUAUUCCUGUUGGUUACUGGCUGCAACUCAAGCCUGUUAUGCUAACCGUUCUAUCCGUUCUGGGGAACAUGGUUCCUGUGCCCUUCAUCAUACUUUACUUGAAGAGAUUUGCAUCUUUCCUUGCUGGAAAGAACAAGGCCGCAGCUCGGUUCCUUGACAUACUGUUUGUGAGAGCCAAAGAGAAAGCUGGCCCUGUAGAGGAGUUCCAAUGGCUUGGUCUGAUGCUGUUUGUGGCUGUGCCUUUCCCUGGAACAGGAGCAUGGACAGGAGCCAUCAUAGCUUCCAUUCUUGAUAUGCCAUUCUGGGCAGCAGUGUCUGCAAAUUUCUUUGGUGUUGUAUUGGCUGGGCUUCUAGUAAAUUUGAUGGUGAACCUUAGUCUCAAAUAUGCAAUUAUCACUGGUAUUAUCCUCUUCAUUAUAUCCACAUUCAUGUGGAGCAUCCUUCGGAACCUUAGGAAGUCUUUAAGCUCAUCAAGCUGAUAUGACAUUGGAAAUUCUUAAAGUAAUCCAAUCCCUCACAAGGGUUAACUGAUGAUCUUUG